AUGAAAUUCACAGCCGCUACCCUCUUCUCCUUCGUGGCCUUCACGAAGGCUAACUUCGAUCUCUACCUCUCUCAAGAAACAGGUACCACUCCGGAAGGAGGGAACCACGAGAUUUGGAACAUCUACCCUUCUGAUCCUACUUGUUCAGAUGUAGAGACAUCCCGGAACUGGUUUUCGCGGGACGACGUGAGCAGCCAAACUGGUAUCAGGUGCAGCGGCCAAUGCUACGGAGGUAGUGCUGCCACCGACAUUGAGGUCUUGGAAAUGCAUUUCACCAACGAUCCUCUCUAUCACUGGACGAUCUAUAAGGACAAGAACUAUGAUCUGUACGGUACAGAUGACCGGGUAUAUGGAAACUGCUUUCCUUUCCCUGGCAAUGAGUAUUCCUGCCACAAAGGCAAUGUGCUUUACGAUGGUGUUCGCAAGUUUCGCUGCCUCACGGAUGUUACUGUUGGGCAGAUCGAGGCAGGUAACUAA